AGAAAAAGAAGGAGAGAAAAGAAAAAGAAGAAAAUUUUGGACUACUUGUGGCACAGUCUGGUACAAGCUAUUUCCCAAUGACCAAACAACAGGCGGGAAAUUGCAAACAAGUCUGACUCUGAUCCAUGCCCAAACUGCAGCAGGUUAAUUCAUUUGGGGGGCUGAGCUGGAGCAAUUCCUGAAUAAAUGGAAGGAUUGCUCUAAAGGCGAUUGCUCCCAGCAGAGCGACCCUUUCCAGUGUGGGCAGUUAUGAUCCUUCCUUGCAGUUUGAUUGCACCCUAACAAAGCUGCCUCACUGGAGAUUUCUUUCUUUAAAAUGUUAUCAUGUUUUUCUAACUGGCUGACUAUGUAAAAUAAAAGUUAUUUACAUUUAAAGUCUUCUAAUAUAUAUAUUUUUAUGCACAGAAUAAAAUGCUCAUCAAAAUAGAAGCAUUCUUGAAUAAUAAUCUUUUAACUGCAAUUGAAUUGAGCAGCAUAUCUGAGCAUAUUCCAAAAUCUGUAACAUUGGAAGAAGAGCAGUGUAACAGUUUUGACCACCAAGUUCGAUCUAUUGGGCAACAUGUGAACUCUCCAUAUAUUGCAAAACAUGAAGAAAAAAAGCAAGAUAAAAUAUUUACAUGUGGAGCAGAAGACUGUAUCAAACAGAUUUCUGUUCUAUCGACUGAAACUGCAGCAGAUCAGAUGAAUACUGAGUUAUUUGUUUCAGAAAAAAUGCAACACUCAAGUGAGUCAAAUAAAAUGGAAACAGUACCUGUCAGAAAUAUAUUUUCAAAAGAAAAUCAAUCAAGUGUAGAGCGACUCUCUAGCAAUACCUUGAAUGUGGAUCUGGAUAAUGCAUCUUCUGUAGAAGACUAUGAAAAUAAUUCAAAAGCACAUAAUAGUCCAUUUCCAAUCCAUGGAUAUGUGACGAGAAGAAAGAAACAAGACAUGCUCUGCAAAUCAAUUAUGCCAACUGAUUUUGACACAAAAACAGAUCAGAAAAUCACAUUGCAUUGUAGAACAGAUAUAGUCAGCACAACCAGUGAGAUAUGUAAUGAAAUAGCCCCAAAUGGUGUUCCACCUAUUCAAUCAUGUUUCCAGCCUAGCAAUGAGACUGCUCAAACAGGCAAAGUAACUUUUUCAAAUGAUCAAACAUCAGAAGAAACAGUAUAUGAUACUGAUAUGGAAUUGACUGCUAGUGAACUGGGUGAAAUACUCAUCAUCAAAUCAAAAGGGAGAGAAAGGAAUACUAAUAUAAUUAAAGACAGUAAAAAGUCAACAGAUUUGAAGGAAAUGAAAUAUUCAAAUACAGAAAAACAGAUUAAAGAUAAUUUUAAAUGUAACAAAAAAGAUGACAAAAAUAUUCAAAAAAAUGGAAAGGUCAACAAGACCAGAAGCACUGCAUAUAAAACAAAUCUACCACCAAAAAAGCAGUUGUCCCAAAGAAAAACAUUUCAAGGUGAAAAAUUUAAGAAUACCAGUCCACAUAAUUUUGGAAAGAAUGUCAGGAACAGUAACAAAACGGACAGACAGAUUCAUCAAGUAAAUCUAGAAAACCAAAAGCAAACUACAAACAUUUUACAAACAGAAAAUGUGAAAGACACCAUUUUUGAAACAGUCAAAAAUUUGGACAACCAGGCUACAGUACAUGACUUUAGUGCAUCUAGCAGUGACGACUUAUUAAAAAGCUGUUCUGCUGAAAGCUUACCUCUGAAAGAGAGAGAGAUCUCUGAAGUAAUAGUCACAAAACAGCAUUCAUAUGCAAAGACAGAGAGUGAAAAGACCAAUGCAAAGAAUAGAUACAAUAAAGAAAUCAUUUGUAACUACAAUAUAACAGAGAAAUCUACUUAUGUGGUAGAUGUUCCAAAGGCAGAUCAAAGUAAUACGGAGAGAUGUCACAAAGAGUUGUCACGAAGUGAUAAAAGGAGAAUAUUUGCAAAAGCUAGCCGGAAGACACAUAUUAUAUACCCAAACUCUCAUCAUCAGAAAAAAACGUUUGUGAGAAAAGAAUUACAAGAUGAAAACAUUCCACCAACUGAUAGCCACAUGACAACUGAAAACAAGCGAAGAACUUUUAAUGAUCAGAAUGUUCGAGCUUCGUGCCCCCAACAGGAAAUUGAAUUUUGUGAUGAAAUAUUCCCUCCAAAGAUUCAUUAUAUAUCCAAGCCAAACAGAAAGACCUAUGUUGUUUCUUCAUGUCAUCAAAAUAAAAACAUAGAAAAUAUUUCUAAAAGUACUGAAGCAACCACUGAAUUCUGUAAAGUUCCAAAACACAUUUCUAUUCUGAAAAGCCCUGAAGUUUUACAAAGAUAUCAUGAAAAAAAGAUAUGUGCUUCUAUACAGAAGGGAGACAUCAUUUGUGAAGAGUCUCACAACAAGACACCAGUAUCACACUUUGGGAAUAAACCUCUUCAAGAACUUACAAACAUCAGUAUACAUUGUCUUCCAAAUCCCAAGAAAGAUUUAGAAGAAAACUCCACACCACCUAUUAGACGCAGGCGAACAACAAUUUGCUACAAAGAACCCAAUAUCAAGAGCAAACUGAGGAGAGGAGAUGAAUUCACAGAUAAAGGUUUUCUGAAUUCUCCAGUUUUUAAAAUAAAAAAUAAGCAAAGUUUUAAAAGUAAAUCAAGAUUAAUGUAAGAAGAGCACACUGAAAUCCAACCAACUGUAUAAAUACCUGCUUCUUAAACACAUUAUAUAGUUUCUUCCUUAUUCUGCACAAUUUUACU